AUGUCUGUCGUUGGCAUUGAUUUCGGUGCCCAGAGCACCAAGGUUGGUGUUGCUCGGAAUAAGGGUAUCGACAUUAUCACCAACGAAGUUUCUAACAGAGCUACUCCUUCCCUUGUGGGUUUUAGCGCCAGGAGCAGACAAAUUGGUGAAGCCGCCAAAACACAAGAGACUUCCAACCUCAAAAACACCAUCAGCAACAUUAAGCGUUUGAUCGGCCGUUCUUUUAACGACCCCGAUGUUCAGAUUGAGCAAGAAUAUAACACCGCCGCCAUCUGUGACGUCAAUGGCCAGGCUGGUGUCGAGGUUAACUACCUGGGCAAGAAGGAGAAAUUCUCUGCCAUUCAGUUGGUCGCCAUGUACCUGACCAAGAUCAGAGAUAUCGCCGCUAAGGAGCUGAAGACUCCCGUCACCGAUGUUACAAUCAGUGUUCCCGCCUGGUUCACCGAUGUUCAGCGCCGCGCCAUGCUGGAUGCUGGCGAGAUUGCUGGUCUUAAGGUUCUCAGGCUUAUCAACGACACUACCGCUACUGCCCUUGGCUACGGUAUCACCAAACUUGAUCUCCCUGGCCCCGAGGAGAAGCCUAGGAGAGUCAUGUUUGUCGAUAUCGGUCACAGCGAUUACACCGCCUCCAUUGUCGAGUUCCGCAAGGGUGAGCUCAGCGUGAAGGCUACUGCCUACGACCGUCACUUUGGUGGCCGUAAUUUCGACCGCGCCCUGACUGAGCACUUCGCCGAUGAAUUCAAGGAGAAAUUCAAGAUUGAUGUCCGCUCCAACCCCAAGGCCUGGGCCCGUACCCUGGCCGCCGCUGAGAAGAUGAAGAAGGUUCUUUCCGCCAACCCUACUGCUCCCAUGAGCAUUGAGUCGCUCAUGGAGGACGUCGAUGUCCGUGCCCUCGUCAAACGCGAGGAACUCGAAGUCAUGGUCAAGUCUCUGCUGGACCGCAUCACCGUCCCUCUGGAGCAGGUGCUUGCUGAGGCUAAGAUGAAGCCUGAGGAUAUUGACCAUAUUGAGAUGGUUGGUGGCUGUACUCGUGUGCCUGCUAUCAAGGAGGCCAUCUCCAACUACUUCGGCAAGCCCCUGUCCUUCACCCUCAACCAGGAUGAGGCUAUUGCCCGUGGAUGCGCUUUCAGCUGCGCUAUCCUCUCCCCCGUUUUCCGUGUCCGUGACUUUUCCGUGCACGACAUUGUUACCUACCCCAUUGAAUUCACCUGGGAGCAGUCCCCCGAUAUCCCGGAUGAGGAUACCAGCCUCACCGUCUUCAACAAGGGCAAUGUCAUGCCCUCCACCAAGAUCCUCACUUUCUACCGCAAGCAGCCCUUUGAUCUCGAGGCUCGCUACGCUAAGCCCGAGACUCUCCCUGGCAAGAUCAACCCUUGGGUUGGCCGCUUCUCCGUCAAGGGUGUCAAGGCUGAUGCCAACGAUGAUUUCAUGAUUUGCAAGCUCAAGGCUAGGCUGAACCUGCACGGUAUCCUGAACCUCGAGUCUGGAUACUUUGUCGAGGAUAUGGAGGUUGAGGAGCCUGUUGAUGAUGAAAAGAAGGACGGCGAUGCCAUGGACACCGACGCCGCCAACGGUGACGAGCAGUCCAAGAAGACCCGUAAGGUCAAGAAGCAGGUUCGCAAGGGCGACCUCCCCAUCUCUUCUGGCACCGGAGCUCUGGAGCAAACCGUGAAGGACAGCUUCAUUGAGCGCGAGAACUCCAUGUACAUGGAGGACAAGCUGAUUGCCGAGACCGACGAGAAGAAGAACGAGUUGGAGUCUACCAUCUAUGAGCUCCGUGACAAACUCGACGGCAUCUACUCCGAGUUCGCCAGCGAAGAGGAGAAGGACAAGCUGAGGGCUAAGCUGACCGAUACUGAGGAUUGGCUGUACGAGGAGGGUGAGGACACUACCAAGUCUGUGUACGUGGCUAAGCUGGAUGAUAUCCGCUUUGUUGCUGGCCCUAUUAUCCAGCGCUACAAGGACAAGGUUGAGGCUGAGCGCCAGGCAGUGCAGAAGGUACAGGAGGAGGCGAUUGCCAAGAAGCGCGCUGAGGAGGAGGCCAAGCGCAAGGCCGAAGAGGAGGCUAAGAAGGCCGACGAGAAGCCUGAUGCAGAGAUGAAGGAUGUCUCUGCUGAGGGUGAGGCGACCCCCGAGGAGGCUGACAAGCAGUAA